AUGCUCUCCAGAGAUUCUCCCGCCUUGGCCGCCAUCAAACAGCCGCCCGAGCCACUCCUGAUCCUUCUGGACCUGCGUUGGUCUUGGCCGCAUCCUCCUUACCAGCUGUCGCUGCCGUCGCGCAAACCUGACAACCAGAUACCGACUCUGGCGCUUUACCGCCUGCAACGACCACUUGGCCGUGCCCUCAACCGUCCCUGGCUCGCUCGCAGCCGGAGAGGACUGGAGUCAUCGAACACUUCCCCGAAACUACACAUCGAGAUACACGGGAAACGUCAAGAGGAGACGGGAUGA